AUGGCAACUCAAUCAGAACAAAUUCCAGAGCAAAAUGGAACCAACAACCAAAAUCCAGGAGUAACAUAUGUUGGUAGGGAAUAUGGAGGGAUGAAAUUAUACAUAGCAUUAUUUAUGCUUAUUUUCAUAUCAAUCGGGACUUCACAGUCUACUAAUGACAGUUGCGCAAAUGUUAAUAAUGAUUAUAUUACGAAAGGCAUAAGGAUUUUCAAUUAUACAGACGUUAGUAACUGCUACAAGAGUAUUCCAUUUGAUAAAGAUAUUGCUAAUCAGACUAUCGAAACAAUAAAUGGAAUUUUUAACGGAUUCUAUUCUUUUCUUGAUAUAGCAAAAGAUUCACCGCCAACUGGGCUUAAUUUUAGUUCAUUGAAUAUAACAUUAGAAUUGACUCGGUUAUUAAAUAAUACUUAUGGAUCUUUAUUUCAAUUUAUGGCCGAUGUUAGAAAUGUUACUUCUCAAUUAAAAGAUGCACACACAAAUUUUAAGACAAAUUGUUUCACAACGUUCGCCUUUUUUUCAAAUUUUACAUUGUAUUCAGCUAUUGGAACAAAUGGUACUCAGAUAAUUAAAGUUCGUAAUGACACUAUAGAUCCCUCUAAUAAUAAGUGUGAAGUAACUCAUAUUGAUGGCGUUCAGGCAUUUCAAGUGAUUUCCGAAUUUGCUCGAGAUUCUGUUUUCAUUUCAAGAGAUCUUGGUGUACGAUUUAAUUCGGCUCUUGAUCUUGUUGAUGUUGAAAAUUCUUUUUCCUACCGAAUUGAUUUACCACCAACAUCAAAUAUUACAUAUAGACUCAAUUGUAGUAAUAGCAUAAAGGAUGUUAAUAGAAUUUGGAUAGCUAUGAGUCUUCCAGAAAUUUUAAGUGAAUUUAAGGAUUCAAAAACCUUUUUCACUAAUCGUUGUAAUAUCACAACAACAAAUAAAACAUCAUCGUCAUUAUUCCAAAGAGGAUUUCAUGAGACAAAGGAAUUACUAAAACGUGAUAAUGGGAUUCUAGAUGUUAUUGAAGAAUAUAAGGGUGAUCAUGAUACUUGGCAACUUAUAGAUGUAAAUUUAAUUAGUGUUGUCCAAGAUUUUAUUAGCUUUUACAAAAAAGAUGAUUUUGGUGUAAUUAAAAUAUUUACCGAACAAGUCAAUUUUAAUGACACUGUUGCCAUAAAUACAAUUAAAGGAUUUGAAGAUCUUGUGAAUACUGGCGUUAAGAAAGUUGUUAUUGAUUUAUCGAAUAACUUUGGUGGUUCAAUCGCAGUUAGUGCCUUUAUCAACUUGAUUUUAUUCCCAAAUAAUACAAAUCCUUUCUUUGAUUAUGAUUUAAGAGUCACUGACUCAAUUAAACUUGGACUAAAUGGAGUUUUAUUUAAAUUUAAUGAAACUACCUCUUCAAGUACAAAUAUCAAAUAUGAAAAGAUUGAAGAUUUUAUUGGUAAUAAUUCUUACACACGUGGUAAUGUUACGGAUCAUUAUUCGAACAAAUUUGUUCCAAAUCUUUUAAGUUUACUUUCUAGUUUUAUAGCACAAUAUUUAAGAACCCCUAUUCCCUGGACAUCUAAUAACCUUAUUAUUUUAACAAAUGGUGUAUGUGGGUCUGCAUGCGCGCUUAUCGCGAACCAUGCUGUAGAAAAUCAUAAUGUGUCCACUGUAGCGGUUGGUGGGUUUGUAAACACAUCAUUAUCAUAUUCUUCUUUCCCUGGUGGUUUUUUUAGUGAUUCGUCGGCAAUAUUGGAAUUAAGAUCAUUGAACAAUACUUUGAUACCUAAACCUUUCCCUUUGACUGCGUCCCUAACAUUUCCUUAUACUGAAGUUUACAGUAAAAAACAACCCGAUAAAUUAUUGGAAUUUUUAUUUACUCCAGCUAGGUUUAGAUUAUAUUAUAAUGAUCAAAGUAUUUAUGAUCCAUCUAUAUUAUGGUCUGACGCAGCUGCUCUUAUUGGAAAU